AUGGAGUUUAUUAGCAAUCUCUUUAAAUCAAAAGGUAAACAGGUUUCAUCAACCCUAGAAGCUGCAAAAUAUAAGGGUUGGACUAAGGAGCAAUUAGUUAAAAAGUUGUUAGAGCUGGAAGAUAACGAAAACACUUCCAAUAAACUUGAAAAACAAUUAAAAAAAAGAAAAAGUAAUGACUUAAGUUCUUUAAAGUCAUCAAAAAAACAGAAACGCCAAAAGGAGUUUGACUUCUCUAAAUAUCACACAAGAUUUAUUGCAUUAAAGUUUGCAUAUUUGGGUUGGAAUUAUAAUGGACUAGCAAUUCAAAAGGACUACACCCCUCUUCCAACAGUAGAAGGAACAAUUUUGGAGGCCAUGAAUAAAUGCAAAUUAGUCCCCUCAAUGUCUCCACAGGAUUAUAAUUUUAGUAGAUGUGGUAGAACGGAUAAAGGUGUUAGUGCCAUGAGCCAAGUUAUAUCAUUAAAUGUAAGAUCAAAUUUGUCCAAUGAAGAACAACUAAACCCAUUAAAAGAUUCUGAUGAGAUCCAUUAUGUUGAUAUCUUAAACCAAGUUCUUCCUGCGGAUAUUAGAAUAUCUGCAGUUUGCUUGAGACCUCCAAGUGGCUUUAAUGCUAGGUUUAGUUGUUACAAGUCGUCACUACAAGUAUUUAUUCGAAAGAAAAAUUUGGACAUUGAAAAAAUGAAAAUAGCAGCCAAACUUUAUCAAGGUGAACAUGAUUUUAGAAAUUUCUGUAAAUUAGAUGGCUCUAAGCAAAUCACAAACUACAACAGAACUAUUAUUAGUGCGGAUAUAUUACCUAUCAAUGGAGAUUUCUAUUGCUUCGAUUUAGUAGGCUCAGCAUUUCUGUGGCACCAGGUACGUUGUAUGAUGGCAAUUCUUUUCCUAAUUGGCCAGGGAUUAGAAGAGCCUUCGUUAAUAAAUUUAAUGCUGGAUAUUGAGAAGACUCCUAGAAAGCCUAUCUACGAUAUGGCUAGCGAUGUUCCAUUGAUAUUAUACGAUUGUAAAUUUCCAGAAAUGAAUUGGUCUCAACCUAAUUUAGAGGAUUAUAAAGCCAUUAAAUAUGGAAAAGCCAUUAGUUCUUUAGUAUUAAAAUAUUCAACUAAAGCAACAAUUGCUCAAAUUUUUGAAGAUGUUUUACCAACUACAACCCAGGAAUUUCCAAAUAAGACAAGAAUUAACUUAGGUGAUGGCAAAGGCAAAAUUGUUGGCAAUUAUCAAAAGGUGUCAGAUAGACCUGUUAUGGAGUCAGUAGAAACAGUCAAUAAAAAUUUUGAAACUAAAAAAGGAUGGAGGAAUAAUAACUAA